UUUCCCCAUGUCGUGCCCAUCUACUUCCGCCGGAAGUGGCGGUUGUUGACAGUGUUUCCUAGCUCAGCGUUGAAUUUGGUCGGUUGGAGGUCCUUCGGCGGGGUAGCGGAGACUCUCGGGACCGAUCCCUCCGGUGUGGUGGAGCCGAGCCUGCGGCCGGGAGAUGGAUAUCCUCAAAUCGGAGAUCUCUCGGAAGCGGCAGCUGUUGGAGGACAAGAAGCUGCUGGGGGAAAGUAAAAGAUAUUUCAAACGUAGUGAACUUGCCAAAAAAGAAGAGGAGGCAUACUUUGAAAGAUGUGGCUACAAGAUACAGCCAAAAGAAGAGGAUCAGAAACCAUUAACUUCAUCCAAUCCAGUAUUAGAACUAGAAUUGGCAGAGGAAAAAUUGCCCAUGACUCUUUCAAGGCAAGAGGUCAUCAGACGAUUGAGAGAAAGGGGAGAGCCAGUUAGAUUGUUUGGAGAAACAGAUUAUGAUGCAUUUCAGCGUUUAAGAAAGAUUGAGAUUCUCACACCAGAGGUUAACAAGGGUUUGAGGAAUGACUUGAAGGCAGCUUUGGAUAAGAUUGAUCAGCAAUACCUUAAUGAAAUUGUUGGUGGUCAAGAACCAGGAGAAGAGGACACACAGAAUGAUCUGAAAGUCCAUGAAGAAAACACCACUAUUGAAGAAUUAGAGGCAUUGGGAGAGUCCUUAGGAAAGGGGGAUGAUCAUAAAGACAUGGACAUCAUAACCAAAUUUCUUAAGUUUCUCCUUGGAGUUUGGGCUAAAGAACUCAAUGCCAGAGAAGAUUAUGUAAAACGCAGUGUGCAGGGCAAACUGAACAGUGCCACUCAAAAGCAGACGGAAUCAUAUUUGAGACCACUUUUCAGAAAACUGCGGAAAAGGACUCUUCCUGCUGACAUUAAAGAAUCAAUAACAGACAUUAUUAAAUUCAUGUUGCAGAGAGAAUAUGUGAAGGCCAAUGAUGCUUAUCUUCAGAUGGCCAUCGGAAAUGCUCCUUGGCCUAUUGGAGUCACUAUGGUUGGUAUCCAUGCCAGAACUGGUCGAGAAAAGAUUUUUUCCAAACAUGUUGCACACGUUCUAAAUGAUGAGACGCAAAGAAAAUAUAUUCAGGGUUUGAAAAGAUUAAUGACCAUUUGUCAGAAGCACUUCUCAACAGAUCCAUCAAAAUGUGUGGAGUACAAUGCACUAUGACAGCUCUUCUCUGUGGAGCUAUAGAACAAUAAGAAACUUAAGACCUGUGGCCUUUUGGGGAACUGCUACCAGGAAUGAAGGAGAGAGAAAGAAUCAAGUUUUGGGAGCAGCCGUUUUCUACCAAGUCCAUUUCUUUGUUUAUUUAGAGAACUCUGGUUUUUGCCUUAAGUAUGACAGCAGACUCUUGAUUGUUGAAUCAUGUUUCGAUUUUUAACAGUCUCAAAGUCAAGCACCAAGGCUUAUUUCCUGAUACGUUAUGUACAUAGACAGCAGUCAUCAAGGGAUUCCUGUUGGACAUUUUCCUAUCAGAUGUGGAAGUUGUUGGUAAAUGAUUAGAAGGAAACAUUUGAGGUUGACUUAUAAUUAUUUCUGUAAAAUACUAUAAUAUUCAUGUUAUAAUUAUAUUGGUUUUAUAGAGAAAAGCUUUUCUUCUUCAACAACUACCCAAAAAAUACAGCAUCUCUUGGUUACAUUUGAGUUUCUUAAA